UAUUUGUGGUGGCAGGGUAUUCUAAGGGCAAGCUAAGUUUUGAAGCAUGGAGAUGUUUCAAUUGCAGAUGAAAUAUAUUGAAUACAAUGCAUCAUUGUUUACUGAGGGGCACGUCGAUUGCCAAUUUGGACAGCUGCAACAACUGCAAGCAUCUGGAAACCCUGGAUUUGUGGGUGAAGUGGUCUCUAUGUUUUUCACUGAUUCUGACAAGAUUCUUAACGAUCUCACCGUGGCCCUGUAUCAGCAGCCUAUAGAUUUCAGGAAGCUAACCGAAUAUACACAUCAGUUUAAGGGUAGCACCUCCAGCAUUGGUGCCCAGCGUCUUCGAGAUGGCUGCGAUGCUUUUCAUAACUUCUCUUGUGAACAGAACGCUGAAGGAUGCAUGAGAUCUCUGCAGCAAGUUAAACAAGAGUACUUAAUUGUGAAGGAGAAGCUUCAGAACUUGAUCACGUUGGAGCGGCAGAUUGAGCAAGCUGGAGGUAAAGUUCCUCUGCUCCAGUAAUGAGUCAGGGUCAUUGAAAUGUGGUCGUCAUGGACUAAGACUGCAUAGCUUCGUGUUUUUUUCUUUUCUUUUGGCGGUUUUCAUUCACGGCAUAAUUUUUCUAUUUCCUUUUGUUGUGACUUGAGAAUUAUAAUAAUGCUGAAGAUUUUGUUGUCUGCUUGUAAACUUAUUACAUAUUGCAUGCAGAAGGCAAAAGAAAAUAUUUUAUAUUUCUCGAUCUCUAUGUAGGUCGUCUUCUCGACUAUUUAGUCUGUAUUUUAGAGAUGUGAUUACCCA